GCUUCGCGUUUACAGUUCGCACACAGCACAGCUCGCAUCUUUUACUUGUGUGCCUGACGCGCGCUCGAGCGCACAUUCCGACUGUCCACGAGCGACUUUAGUGAGAACUACUGAGCGCGCACGCUUCAAGUGAACCGAGACCCAUUUCAGUGGUUCGUUUGAGCUUUUAUUUGGCACUAAAGCAGUACUUUAUAAAACACAGGGCAUGAUGACUGAGAGGAACGGAGGAAUUCUUCCUUCAGCGUCUUAAGUGGAGAUUCAGCUUUGAAUGAAACUGUCUGCAAAAUUACCUGCCAAACGCGCAGAUGUGUCGAGCUGUGAGGGAAUAGUGCAGUUUAAUCAAGAAACUUCUGUUUGCUUUGACUGACAUUGACACGUCAUGGCAUCAGUGUCUUGGAGACACGCGCUUUUCUUCUUGGUGGUUGAUGGUUCCCAUCCUACUUUCUUUAUAGACGGCUAUGUCCAUCUUGUCACGCAGAUGCACUAGGGGAGCCUGAGAAGUCCCAGGAUAUUGAUGGCAUCAUAACGGUUCACUACUGGCACAGAGAAAAAGUGAACUUGUCUGUGCUAACGAUGGCAUGCAGCAGUCACUAUGGAAAUGCCAUCGAGGAGUUCUGCCUGGCCAAGUUCAAGCUGGACAUGGAGGUUCUCGAUCAGCGCCAGUGGUGCAGCUGGGAGGACACUGUUGAGUCCUAUGGAGAACUGACCAACUGCACGUUCCUGGUGGCUCUGAAGAUGAACUGUUUCUGGCCCAACCGAAUGGUGGAUGAAUUCUUCAUCCGGGUGCACAGGCACUACUUCCAUGACUGUUCAUUGUCUGGACGGCUGCUUCACGACCCACCCAAUCGGAUCUUGGGGCCUUUUAUCGUGGUGCCCAUUCUGGUGACACUACUCAUGACUGCUCUAGUGGUGUGGAGGAGUAAACGCAGUGAGGGAAUCGUAUAAAUCUAUAACAGCUAACCAAGAACCUCCACACUGAACAACAGAGAAGGUGAUAUUUUACAGACUGCAAACAAUAAGAAAGACUUGUUUCUCAUAUAUUGAAACGCUUAUAGUGAACACUGUCACUGUGUUAUCUACAAACAGAUAACAUACAAGUCAUUUAUAUGGACAACAACUUUAAGCACAAUUUCUUUUAAGUAGUUUUCAACUAAAUGUUAUGUCAUGUCAGCAUUUUGUCAGUAAAACAGAUCUCCAAUAUUGAUGCAAGUCAUUAUCAUAAUGAUGGAUAAGUGUCAACUUGAAUGGAUAAACACCAAACUAAAGGAAGGACACUGUUAUUCCCAUAUGUUUGAUGAACCUAUAUGAAGACUGGACUCAAUCACUUUAUGUAUUUCACACUCGUAGAUGUGCUUUGUGCCAAAAUGUGACAUUUGUAGCAUGACAUUCAUGAUUAAUAUUAUUUUGUAGUUUUUAAAAAUAAGAAAAGAGGGCUACAACCAUGAACAUGCCAAUAUAAUAAUGAUCCCUAAAAAAAUAAAUAAAAAUAAAUUGAUUAUUGUAUUUAUAUGCUCCAAAGUGAACAUCUCCAUCAGAUAUUUUUACAAGACACCCAAAAAUGCUUUGGCCAAAGCAUCGCACAUAUCCCUCAAAGACAAUUUUUGGGAAGAUUCUGGAAAGCUGUGAGAAAUUGAUUUCAUUCAAUACUGAAAAGUAUCAAUAAAAAGUAAAAACUGACUAUUUUGACUAAUGGACACAAUAUAUGGUUAUAUAUAUUGAUUUUUUAAGAAAAAAAAAAUCAAUUGCACUAAUAGUAAAAUCUAUGUGCAUUUAUAUAAAUACACCACAAAUGUCAUCUCAAUUAAGUUUGUACAAAUUUAUGGCACUUAUGAAGCUUUAAAGAUAAUUUAAUUCCACCAUACAAAAACUGCAAAUUACUUGACUAUUGUUCAACACCAUCUAUUUUUUUUUUAUUUUAAUACCUAAUGUCAUAAGGGACAAUAUGCUACCUGCAUUACAUUUAAUGUUUUAAUUUGCUCAAAAUUCAAAAGUGUUUGUUCAGCUAGCCUUGUGAGCCCCCAGUUGGGUAACUGCCUAAAAGAGUAGACAUCUAUAUGUUGUAGGCAACAGACAGUCAUGUAGCUCAUCAGGUUCUGGAUCAGAGCUACAGUCUUUUGUACUGAUAAUGGCUAUCAGAUACUAUUAGAAGCAGUGAACUGAGAGAAUUACUGCAUUAAUUUGGUGUCUCUCAACUCACAGCUUCAUGAGGUCAAGUCAAGGAAAAAUAUUUUCUUUCUUUAGUGGAGAGCAACCUGGGCUAAGAAGCUUGCAGCAUUUGUCAAGGAAUAAUUCAUGUAUUAGCACUAAAAUUAUGUUUUUAUUCACAUGGUUCUGCUAUUAUUAUUAUUUUUAUGUCUGAUUAUCUCUGGAGCUCUGUGUCCACAGUGAGUGGAUUAAAAGCCUGUGGUUUUCACCUGCCUGUGGCGAACUGGACAGCAGCACAGAGACACCAGAUGUCUCUAAUGUCAGCUGAAUUUCAAAGCCUCUGAUUUCUGCUGAAGUUAUAAUAAAGCCAUUUGCCCUCGA